UUCUGCGUCUGCGGUGGACAGCGAAGCGGCUGCCGUUCCUGAGCCGGAGAGGCCUGGGUUCUCGCGGAGGAUUCUGGGACUCGUUUCGGCGGAGGGUGGCCUUUGGUCAUCUGAAAUCCGCCGCCGUGAGUGCCGGAAAGGGGCCGGAGGACGCUGGGGCGUGAGCGGGGUACAUAGUGGCUCCUUGCGGGAGUGAGGAGUGCCUGUGAAGAAAACGGGGUAUUUCUCUGAGGCUUAUAUCCUGCCUUGAUUGUCUUUUCUUGAAGUAUUGUAAAUCAGGAUGUCUGCUCAGUCAGUGGAAGAAGAUUCAAUACUUAUCAUCCCAAAUCCAGAUGAAGAGGAAAAAAUUCUGAGAGUGAAAUUGGAAGAAGAUCCUGAUGGCGAAGAGGGAUCAAGUAUCCCCUGGAAUCAUCUCCCUGAUCCAGAGGUUUUCCGACAGCGAUUCAGGCAGUUUGGAUACCAGGAUUCACCUGGGCCCCGUGAAGCUGUGAGCCAGCUCCGAGAACUUUGCCGUCUGUGGCUCAGGCCAGAGAGACACACAAAGGAACAAAUCUUGGAGCUAGUAGUGCUGGAGCAGUUUGUUGCCAUCUUACCCAAGGAGCUACAGACUUGGGUUCGAGAGCAUCAUCCAGAGAAUGGAGAGGAGGCAGUGACAGUGCUGGAAGAUUUGGAAAGUGAACUUGAUGACCCUGGACAGCCGGUUUCUCUCCGUCGACGAAAACGGGAAGUACUAGUAGAGGAGAUAGUAUCUCAAGAAGAAACUCAGGGAUUACCAAGUUCUGAGCUUGACGCUGUGGAGAACCAGCUCAAGUGGGCAUCCUGGGAGCUCCAUUCUCUAAGGCACUGUGAUGAUGAUGCUAGGACUGAAAAUGGAGCUCUAGCUCCAAAACAGGAGAUUCCUUCGGCGGUAGAAUCCCAUGAAGUUCCUGGCACUCUCAAUAUAGGUGUUCCUCAGAUUUUUAAAUAUGGAGAUGCCUGUUUCCCCAAGGGCAGGUUUGAGAGAAAAAGAAAUCCCUCUCGAAAGAAACAACAUAUAUGUGAUGAAUGUGGAAAACACUUCAGUCAGGGCUCAGCCCUUAUUCUUCAUCAAAGAAUCCAUAGUGGGGAGAAACCUUACGGAUGUGUUGAGUGUGGGAAAGCAUUCAGCAGAAGUUCCAUUCUUGUGCAACAUCAGAGAGUUCAUACUGGAGAAAAACCUUACAAAUGUCUUGAAUGUGGGAAAGCCUUUAGCCAGAAUUCUGGGCUUAUUAAUCAUCAGAGAAUCCAUACUGGGGAGAAACCUUAUGAAUGUGUUCAGUGUGGGAAAUCCUAUAGUCAAAGCUCAAAUCUUUUUAGACACCAGAGAAGACACAAUGCAGAAAAACUUCUGAAUGUUGUGAAAGUUUAAGAAAUUUUUUUAAAAAAAGAAUCAGCACUCAGGUCUUUUUCUUCAGAAAUGAAGACAAAUUAAAAACAUGAAAUGAUGCAGAAUAGUUUUUUCCUUAUGGACUGUCAGAAAAUCCACUGGGAAAUGUAAAAAAUCUUCACUCAACAUUAUUAUCUUGAAAGAUACGGUGUCAUACCUGCCUAGAAACUGAAAUUUUAAACUUAAUUCAGGUGUUAAUGCCUAAAUUUUCCAUGUGAUGUUUAUAUUCUCUAUUAUUUUUACAAAUAAUGAACUACCUGAUUCUUUGCCCCUUUCUUAAAAGUUUCCUUUUUUAGAUGAAUACGUUAUUUCUAUGUUGAUCACUGAAAUGUUCUUUGUAAGGAUACAUUCCCUUCUGCAUUAAAAGGCAAUGUAGGAAUUAUGAAGUCUGAAAACUUAAACCAUUUUAAAAUCAUGUUUAAAAAAUUUACCCUUCUGUUUCCUUUUACCUAAUUUUAAUAUGCAUUUGAGAAAAUAGAAGAUAAAGGAUGACCAAAAGCCUCAAAGUAAAAUAAGCCUUAAGAUCUCAGAUAAGAAGUGAUGGUGAUAAAACAUCAAAAGUGAAUGGGACACCUAGACUGAGGAAGAUACACAAAUACUUUGAUCUGAGAAUUGAAUUAUGUCAAGAAUUUAACUGCAGUCAUCUUCUUGCAGGAAAACUCAAAAACUGCUCAUCUUAUCUAUUAUUUGGAGGCAUAUUACUAACAAAAAUAACGGUCUUCCAGGUAACAUUAAAAGUAGACAGUCUAAAUAAUAAACAGUUGUAACAUUAUAAAGGUAGAAAUUUUAACACUAGAGAAGAAUUUGUAGUGAAUGGCAGGGUUGAAGGGCAAAUGUAAACAUAAGGGUAAUGGUCUUUCUUGGCUUUUAGAAAAAAGGUCUAAUUCAUUAUUUUGCCUUCACUUUGUUAGGGGGGACAGAAAAUUCCCUGAAAGAUGGGCAACAGGUAUCAGGUUUGCUAUUUUUAUUCCUUUGGUACAAAAGGGUUGAACACCAGGCUAAAAAAACAGCCAGGCAUUUAUUAUUAAACAAUUUCUACUGACAAGGCACUGUGCUAGGUACUGUAAUCCUACCAAAUGUAGAUAGGUAUUUCUUCCACUGUAAAUCAUAGGGGAUUUGGUACAAAGCUGUUUCAUGUGAGUUAGCCUAUAACCCCGUUUGAGCAUUCCUGGGGGAGGUCACCUCUGAGAUGCCUGGAGCCAUAGUUCUCUUACCAGGGUGUUGUAUUUGGGGGUUGGAGGGAGGACUCAGCUCAGAGAGCUAGCAGCCAGCUGUCCAGCAUUCUUCAGAGGUGAGUCUAAGAUAACUCUUGCAGUUUGGAGGUUUGUGAAUCUUUUUAAGAAAACUAAUCAAUCUCUAGUAGCAUUGAGGUUGUACCUACAUAUUAAGUUGAAUGGACUGUUCUAUUUGAAAAAUAACUAGGCUAUUAACGAGCUUAUUAACUAUCAGGAUUGAUUGAACUAUUUUUUUGUUUAAUUUUUCAUCUUAACACAUUUAAAAAAAUGUAUUAAAGUAAUACGUUGUAGUAGUAGGAUUAUAUACUCCUUGGCUGAGAAUCCGAAGUACUGUGGUUCUACUGUUUUGUGGAAAAUCCUGGAAGUUAAAAUACAGAAUAUGAGAAAAGGCUUUUUAAAUAAUGGGCAUCAUUGUUUGGAAAAUGACCCAUGUGAAUACAAAUAUUUCAUAGUUCCAGAGGUUUUGGUUAUAUCUGGUGCUUCGAUCAAAUUAAAAAAUGGAAGGUGAGAUUUGCAUGAGCCUGUUAAAAAGCAUAGUACUAAAUGCAAGGCCAGCUGGUGGAGAAAUGAGGCAGAAUGGAGCUUGUUUAUAGAUUUUCUGAUAAUUAAUUAUAAGAUAUGUGCUUUAUAGAUUAAGAUUUAUUGAAGUAUAAAUAUGUAGUAAUGAUAUAAUAAUGUAUUUUAAGUUAUACAAGAAAAUGUAGGGACUUUUGUUUGGGUCUUUUUCUCUGUGGCUGAGAGGGAACAGUCAACGUUCAAUAAAACUAUAAACUCUUCUGCUCUAAGAUAAAAUGAUCCUUUGUUGAUUGAUUGAUUAUAACUGGCUUCUUUCCAAGUAGGUUUUGAGGUGGCAUAUUUGGAAGACUGCUGGGAUGACAGAAUUCUUGUAUCAGAGUAGGUAAGAAGGGAGCAACUUCUCAGUGGCUUGAAUUUCAUGCUUUUUAAAGAUUAACGUCUUUCCUAUAUACAGGGAAGCUUCCCUGUGGUAGAUUUGUUAUAAAUGCCAAAGAUGUUUGGUAAUGUGAAAGCAUGGAAAAAGUAGUAGAAUUGGCAGAUAUGUUUCUGUCUUGCCAACUCUGAUACUUGUGCAUUGUUCAGAAAGCAUUCUGAGGCUAACGCAAAGCUCUAGGGAAAAGGGAUAACCAGAAGAACACUAGAUGGUCGUAUACAGGAGAGGAAGUGAUGGGAUGUGUACUCACUGUCUCCGGUUAGGCCCCACUGGACAUUGAAUUAAAAUAACCAGUGAUUUAUGAUUUCAUCCCAACAUUCAUUUAUACCCACACAGAUAAUAGCAGUUUGGGGGGGUGCCCAGCCUAUGAUGAAGUGGUGAUGUGCCAGUUGCUGAGCAGGGCCAUAACGAGGACAUUUGUUUGGUUAGCAAAUGAGCAGUCAUGUUACGGCAUGCCGACAGCUGAUACCUGCCCAGUAACCACUCAGCAUUUGCUGGUUACUGAAUUUUCUUCUGGUUUUCUUGAUGAUUAAGCUCUCCACAUUCACACCUGGUUGGUACUUGAUCAUUUAGCAAUAUGUCUCAUUUGUGUAAGUUGAGGAGACAGUUCCAUGUAUUGGAAUAAUCUGAGUGUCAGGCAUUGGAUUAGACACCAGAUCUAUCUAAGAUUUGUAGGCUAGGAAAGCAAGGUUCAGAGAUCAUGAGACGUGUAUGUGGCCAGUUAGAGCUAAAAAUUCAAAUCUAGUUCUGUAGACUCCAGGAAGAGAGAUUUUUUACUAUGCCAUGUGUGAUGGCUGUUAACUUGGUUGAUAAAUUUUAUGCUUUUCUUUUACAGUUAAUAGAUGUGAAAGAUAUUAAAAGUGCUCAUUUGAAUUUUUUAUAGUAAAAAAAUGUAAAAUGAAAAAGGACAUUUCCUUUCCCAGUCUUACUCAGAAGCGAUAAUAAUUUGGUUUGUUGUUCUUCCAGUUUCAGGCAUAUGCAUAUUUAGGCAAAAAAUGUGCUAAUAGCUGGUACUUGUGGUUGCUGUGUACAGGCACUAUUUGAAGUGCGUUACUAUGGAUAAACUCUUUAUCUUCAGCAACCAUAUGAGGUAGGUACAUAUCCCCAUUUUUACAUGUAGUGCAUUGAGACUUGCCUUUCCCCACACUGAUGUAGACUUUUUUCACAGCUACACACUAAUUCAUUGCAUGAAUAUACUGUAAUUUAUUUAACCAAUCCCAUAUCAAUGGAUAGUUAGGUUCAUUACAGAUGAAGAUAUAGUUAAUAUCCCUGUACAUAUAUUUUGCUACCUGUGUGGGUAUUUCUGUAGGAAAAUAGCUAGAAAUGGAUUUAUUGAGUGAAAGAAUGCACACUUGACUCUUUGAGAAAUACUACCAAAAAGUUUGUACCAAUUUACAACUCCAUCAAUAGUAAGAGUGCCUGUUUGCCUACACUCCCAUCAACCCUGAAUCCUUAAAAAUUUUGUCAAUUUGGUAGGCAAAAUUUAUCUGUCUUUGAUUAUGAGGAGGAACAUCUUUUCAUAUGUUUAUCAGGCAUUUGCAUUUCCUGUGUGAAUUGCUUUUGUCCAUUUUUCUUUUUUUUUUUUAAGUUAUGAAAGUGUAAAUGGGACUGGCUGGUUAGCUCACUUGGGAGAGUGUCGUGCUGGUAACACCGAGGUCAUGGGUUUGCGUCCCUGUACCAGCCAGCUGCCAAAAAAGUGUAAAUGACUACCUUAUCAUUGUACAAAACUUAAAUGAUGCACAAAUAUAAGAGCAAAGAGAGUCUUUUCUCUGGUGCAUACAAUCACAUUCCACUUCUUACAGUUUAGUAAAUAUCCUUCUAGUCCCCUUUCCAUACAUUUCCAUAUGAAUAUACAUACACAUUAUCAACACUUUUUACAUAAGUAGGAUCAUAUAUAUGUAUUCUGCAGCUUGCUUUUUUUUGGAGUUGGAGGAAGGUCUCAAAAGCAUACUGAGGUCCUUAAAUUUCUCUAAUGAUUGAAUAGGAUUAAAUACUACGGCUGUACCAUUUUUUAUCUAUUCCAUUAUUUUUUCUCUUACUAUUACAUUGCCAAAGUAAACAUCUUAUUUAGAUGUCUUCUUGCAUGUGUGUGAAUGUUUUUAGGUUGGAGUCCUAGGUGGAUUGUUGGGUCAAAGGGUUUCUGAUAGACUCACCUUACCCUUCUCAAAGGCCUUCAUAACUUGUAUUUUCACCAUUUGUAUGGAAAGUACUCAUUUCCUCAUUCAGCCUUACCUGCACUUGAUUGUUUUUAAUCUGUUGGAUUAAAAAAAAAAAAAAGAACCCUUUCCUUAUUUUGCAUUUAUUUGAUUGUGAGGUCGGGGUUAUUUUCAUGUUUAUUGGCCAUUUAUAGUUUUACUGUGGAUUGUUUAUAUCCUUCAUCUGCUUUUCUGUUGGGUUAUGUGUAGAUACCUGUUUUUGUUUGUUCAGCAUCUCUUUCCCCAUAUUCUGGUAACAGAACCUUUAUUUAUUGUGGGGAACCCAUUCCCUGUGGCUUAGGUGAGCACCUGACCAGGCCUGGCCUCCUGAGUCCCACAGCUCCCUAGCCACAUUGGUUAAAGAAUGGGCAUGUAACCUAAGCCAGGCUAAGGAGAGCCCUCAACAGAACUUCUGCUGGAACUACUGGAAAGAAGGCUUUAUGGAGAUCCCAGGAACCAAGGACCAUGUAAGCCUGAAUUUGUGCCAUGUGGAGAGAGUCUUUCUGAGCAGAAACUCGGAGAUUAGCAGAAAUGGAAAGAGAGCUAAGUUCUGAUGUCAUUUUUCUGGAGGCCCUAGAUCCAGCUGUGCCUAAAGCCUGCCCUACCUCCGGACUUUAAAGUUUUGUGAGCCAAUAAAGUCCCUUUCUUGUUUAAGAUAA